AUGAUGGCUUCAGUCUUUCCCUUGAGAAAAAUCACCACCGCUCAGUUACAGGAACUUACUAAAGCCUUGUGGUUCUGGCAUAUAUGUAUAGACUGCCAAUUAGGAAUUCCUUGCACAACAUCCGAUUGCUCUUGGUGUAGAUCAACAGUCCUCGGUUCAUAUUUUGAGUUCUUCAAAAGUUCCGCAUACAACUACAAGUACAACCUAACUCCUGGUCAGAGUCCAGGGCUCGCAUGUUUCGAAGACUUAUUAAGGAUUAUCAAAGUCCUUAAAGCGUACCCUGAAUAUACUAAAGCGGAGUUGUUGGAAGCACUCUUCACUGAUCGUCCCGCGCGGGCCGAUCAAGAGCGCGCUCUCGAUCUUGCUGCUCAAGUAGUCAUGAUGGUCAAUUGCUCUGAAUCUCGCCAAUCCUCUGUCUUGAUGGAGUACGGUACUCAAGGAGCUCGUUGGUAUUACGAAGAUUGCUAUAUAUCUUUUCUCCAUGACGUCUUCCCCAAAACCGCCCAUUCAAGCAUUGAUGAAGUGAAGGACAAGCUGCGGGCUACCAAAUUGAAAAAGCAUGCAGGCCUCAGAUUCCAAGCAACAAAUGAUUUGAGGAAUCAUUUACGACUUGACCAAAAGGCUGGGGUCGUCGAAAUCUUCCACCAAAUUGCUUUUUUGAAAGAGCACUUGAGGCUUUCGAAAGAGAGACCGUCAAAUAUGUCUGCCCCUGACCUUAUCAUAGAGGGUUUGCUCCCUCGUGCACUCGCUCUCGAGGUGCUCGAUUCUAUACAAAAGAUACUUUUCCCCCUCGCGGAUGUCAAGAACAAAGAGCUUCUAUUAUCUCUUACUUCACCCUUGACUUGCAACUUCGAUACCGAUAUGCUCAGGUAUGAGAGCGUGUCAAUUCGCAAACCUGAGGAGCAGAAUAUCCAGUAUCAUUAUUUCGGGGCACGAUUGGCAGAGCUACACCAAGAAUUAAUGAAUCCGACUCCUAGAGGUGUUGAGAGAUGGUUCGAGAGAAAAAGCAGUCCGAGAUUCGUGAUGAUGGCUACCAUCGCCGGUGUUAUGUUUGCGAUUUUCCUAGGGUUGUUGAGCCUGGCUUUGGGCGCCUUUCAGGCUUAUGUUGGAUAUAUGGCAUGGAAGCAUCCUGUUCAAGCACCAUCUGGUUCAUAG